UACAAAAGAGGCAAGCUCCUACCGCUGGGGUUCAUAGACCCAAACACAGUUCAUGAAGUUACGGUUCGAGACUUCGCCAAGGACACAGAGGACAACAUCGUAAUGUUUUUAGAGAAGCAAGCAGACAAAGAGGAUAUAUUCUUUCCCUACAACUUCAAUUUCCAUUUUAUUCUCCUAAUCAUUGAUCUUCACCUUGGAGUCGUAAACGUCAUGGACUCGAAACGUAAAGAAUAUGCGGAAUGGGCGGACAUGGCUGCCAUCCUCCAGAGGGCUUGGAAACGGUUCAUCAAUACUGUUCCGGGUGAAUGGAAACCGGAGCUUACAUUUAGAGAUUACCCUUGUAUGAGGCAGGAAAAAGGGAAUAACUUAUGUGGAUACUACGUCUGCACCUUCAUGCGUGACAUGUCCUGUCCCAAGGGUGGGGAUGCCCAAAUACACCACACUCGUAUGACACGCCUGCGGGACACUCUCAUAACAGCGGAUCAAAUAAAAGCAAUUCAAGAGGAAAUCGCGGGAUUCUUUAUUACCGAGGUCCUUACCCCAGGUGGAGAGCACUAUCGGAAGAUCGUGACGGCGGAGGAUAUUCGUUCAGGAAAAGUUGUAUUGUAAAUAUGCAUGCAUUACGUGUACUGUGUUGACUAUGUCGUGUACUGUUGACGAUGUCUAUAUAUAUU